CAAAACAAAAAGUGUUGACAUUUCAUUUAGAAACAUCUGAUUUGCUCGCCGGAUUUCUUCAUCCAGAUUCUAAACGAAAAUCCUUGAUCCCAUAACAACUUUAUUAUGGUGAAACUCUUUAGUUUCCUCUUAAAAACACCCAAAAAGGCUAUUCGUGCUCACCUACGCGGUACCUUCAUUGACAGCCUCCGGCUUACAGUGCAUGGUGGACAUGGUGGCAAUGGUGUUCCCAAAUACGGUGGCAUUGGCGGACAAGGUGGGUGUGUGUAUUUCAUAGCCAAAGAGGGAGUAACACUUAAAGGUCUCUCCCGGAUGCUACGAGACAAAAAGAUAAAAGCCAGUUCGGGUGAGGAUAGCAGUAAGAUAAGAAUCCUAGGACGCCGAGGGAUGGAUGAAAAAAUCGAAGUCCCCGUUGGUGUUCAAAUUAUUGACGAUAAUGGCAAAGUGAUUGCUGAUUUGAAUGAAGAAGGAUCUACUUGUGUUGCAGCUGGUGGUGGAAUGGGUGGAUGUACUGGAACUGGGUUCAUUGGAAAACCGGGACAACAAAGAGCUGUUAAUUUGGAUUUGAAACUUAUCGCGGAUGUGGGAUUGGUAGGUUUUCCCAAUGCCGGCAAGAGUACACUGUUAAAGGCAAUAUCCAAUGCCAAACCAAAGAUUGCAUCAUAUCCUUUUACAACAAUUCGUCCCCAAAUCGGCAUUGUGGAGUAUCCAGACCUCCGAGCAAUCUCCAUUGCCGAUCUUCCCGGUCUUAUUGAAGGUGCUCAUGCGAACUUCGGCAUGGGUCAUAAAUUCCUCAAGCACAUCGAACGCACACGUCUUCUCCUCAUGAUAGUUGACAUUUUUGGCUUCCAACUAAGUCCGACGCAUAAGAAACGAAGCUUCCUAGAUAAUAUCUAUGCCCUCAACAAGGAACUUGAACUCUAUGAUGAGACCCUCCUCCAGAAGCCAUGUGUUUUACUUGUCAACAAAAUGGAUAUGGAUGGUGCAAUCGAAUCACUCAAAAACUACGAACCACAUAUUGCUGAUUUGCAGCGAGGCCUUGAAGAAUGUCCCGAAGAGAUUCGUCCUACGAAACUCAUCAAUUUCGAAAGAGUCAUCCCGAUUUCGGCAAUUAAUUCAGCUCGUAUAAAUCAAGUCAAAGUGAAUUUACGUGAGGUCUUAGAUGAGCUAGCUGAACGGGAAUUGCCACUGGACGAGGUACGAGAAGAUCUGCAAAGAAAACUCGGCGAAAAAGGUCCUCGCGUAACGUGAAGAGGGUAUUUGUUUGAACUUCAAAUAAAGAAAAAGUAAAUGUUAGGACUUUAAGAAAUAUCAA